AUGGAUACCGAGGAUAGUCCCGAUUCCCGGCCCAAGGAAUCCAGCAAGCGUCGCCGUCUCAAUUUCGCCUGCAAUUACUGCCGGAAUCGGAAGACCCGGUGCGAUGAGCAGCAACCUUCCUGCCAAGCAUGCAUUUCAGCGGGAAUCCCUUGCGUUACCGAAGACAGACGUAGGCCGGGCAAGUUGAUCAAGCGACGCGAGGCAGGUAAAUCCAUUGAUGGAUCGUCUGUUGGGUCUGGAAGUCCAUCGGAGUACGGAAUACAUUCAGUCACCGAGAAUGUCCUCAACAGAAGGCCCUCAAUCGCAAAAGAGCAACUGACGACGCGUACCAUCUCUGUGGCGACUGGUCCGAUACGUGCAAGAUCGCAGAGUCCGAGACAGUCGCUCAGCAGAGGUUCUUCCCAUACGGAUACUAUCAGUAAUCCACUGCCGAUACUUAAACAGAGUACGGGUACCACGUCUUUCCAGGUCUUGACUGAGUGGCUGGAUCUUUCGUGCUUUCGGCUCAAUGUUCCCUACCAUUUCGGCACCUAUCCUCCUCCAAUCCCGCAUGCAGCUUUGAGAUCUAGUGGGUUCCUGUCUCGGCAAACUGUACCCCAAGCACCGGCAAGUUGGGAUUUUGACGCGCUUUUCGACGCGUACCAGCGCGAAAUACACACAUUCUAUCCUGUGGUCAGACUGGAUCAGGCAAGAACUGAAACUUCGCAAGUACAUUCCAUACGUCUUGACAACUCUUCAUCGUCUCAUGGUGACACUUCGUCAAUGAAAACCUGCCUACUUCUGGCGGCAGGCGGAUGUAUCCUCCAGUCAAACGAGCGCCAGGCUUACAUGACAGAGGCUCUCUCGCUUGCUCGUGACGCUUUGGGCCAUCUCAUCGGUAACGUUUCCUUCGAAACCAUUGAAGUUCUUUUUCUCUUCUCAAUUUGUCUCCGGCUCAACGAUGAAAUCACUGCGUCUUGGACGACCUUCGGCAUUUGUCUAUCGGUCGCUCACUCACUUGGUCUCGAUAGACCCGGUCGUGAUCGACGAAAGAACGCUCAUUCUGCUAUAGACGCUUGGAAUCCAGCCUGGUGGGCUCUUUAUAGCUAUGAGAAAUUAUUCUCUUUCCAGCUCGGAUAUGUCUCCAGCAUCUCGGAUGAAACAUACGAUGACUUGGAUCUCGAGGUCUUGAAGACAACAAACCCACAGCCGCAACAUUUUGUCUUGUCUAUGGCUAAAGCCUUUAGUAAAAUGAGUCACCGGUGUGCAAAGGCACGACUGCUUGAAGACCGAGCGAACCGAAAAACUCUUGAAGCAGCCAUCAAGGACAAGGUUAAUGCGACCGGCGAAUCGUUUCUGAUGUUGUCGAAUUGGGUGAACAGUCUUCCUGCCGGUCUACGACCUACUUCAGACUUCAUGCGACUUCCAGAAGACCCAACCCUGUCUUCUUUCAUCUCGCUUCAUUACCACAACGCUAUACUUAUGCUCAACCGAAACGCUCUUCUUAUCAGUAAAGAUGCUAUCCACAAAGCCGUCGAGGUCAUCGCCAAGGGUACACCUUGGGAGUACACAAUCCGCAACGGUCAAUCCAUGGUUGCCAACUCAGCCAGGAAGAUCAUCCACCUGCUUGCUGACAAUGAUGACACAGUGUCUCAUUUAUUCGCACCUUCCUACUUCCCCCUUCUUCAUGCUCUUUAUGUCUUGGCAGUUCAUAUACUUAAACAGCCGCAAUCACGCAUCUCAAAGAUUGAUCAAAGUCUUCUCAUUACAGCCGCUGACUUAAUUCGUUGUUACUGCGUUGGUCUAGCUGAAGCAGAUCGCCUGUCCACCGUCCUCAAUGGACUUAUUCGUGUGGUUCAAGAAGCGGUGAAACCUACCACAACCUUAAUUGAGGCUGAACAAAAUAACCACAACUCUACUUCAAGUGCAUGCUUCCCUCAACAAGAUGGAACAAACUUAGCGCAACAACCCAACAACAUGACAUUUUCCCAAUCUUUAGAUCCGUCCGAUUCUUCCAUUUUGAAUCCGGUCGAAUUGAGCAUGGAUGAGGGAAUUCUGGACCCAUUUUCGGGACAGCCGUUCAACAUACACAUACUACCUGAUGAGAUUGGGUGCGACUGGGCUGAUUUUGAGAAUUUGUUGCAGAGGCUAGAGAAUGAGUCUGUUUUGUACCCGACAGAAGAGGGUAUGAGUAUUGAACUUUAG